ACAUUAUUCAAAAUUAUAUCGUUUUCAAUUCCGAAAAAAUUAAAAAAAUUGCUCGUUAUCACCAAUAUGACUGCGUCCAAGAGACUUUAAAAACUAUUGAAAAUUCCUCUCAAAAAGGGGGAGUAAAUAAUCAUACUACGGGCAGUGGAAAAUCAGAUACCAUGGCUUUUUUGGCUAACCAAUUACGCCAUAAGUAUUCCGGAUGCACUAUCAUUGUUAUUACUGACCGCGACGAGUUAGACCGGCAAAUCUAUGAACGCUUCCGAGAAUAUGCUGGAACUUUUUUCACUCUGGAUGAUUUAAUAGUAAUUGAUAACAUUAAAGAAUUAAAAGAACAAUUAGGAAAAGAAAGAAAAGGUAAAAUAAUUUUUACUCUCAUUCAAAAGUUUCAGGAAUUAACUGAAUUUCAUAAUCCGAAAGGGCUUUUUGUGCUAAUUGAUGAGGCUCAUCGUUCCCAAAAUUUAGUGGCGGAUGCUGAACAGAAAAAAGUAAGUUGGGCUUGGGAAAUGCGACGAGUUUUCCCCCAAGCUUUUUUUCUAGGGUUUACUGCAACCCCGAUUGCCGGAAAAACUUAUGAAGAAAUUGGACCUCGCAUUCAUACCUAUUCAGUAAAUCAGGCUCUACAAAAUGAGAUAGUAGUAAAGAUAAAAUAUGAAAAAACUUAUGAAUAUUUACCAAAAGUUUAUUGA